AUGGACCUUGCUAUCCUCGCUUCCAACAUUCUGGAUGAACUCAACCUUCUUCGCAGCAACAUGUCCAAUAAACACCCCGAUUUUCAACUUCAACGACCACCCCCACUCCCACCUCCUCCUCAAGUUCCAGCUUCUACUCCUAUGGACAUUGAUUCUAUCACGGCAAGUGUUGGUUUCACGUUUGCAGCUUAUCGUGCCCUCUGUGUCAAAAAUAAGAUCUGUCAGCGUUGCCAAAAGGCAUAUGACGAAGCUCACAUCAGCAACCGUUCUUGUCCUAACACGGAGGUCGUAAUCAAAAACAAGCUUGACCUUUUUCUUCGACUCGCUCAACAUCAACAUCCAACCACUCAUCUUACUCAAAUUCAUUUGGGUCCUCUCAAUCCUGAACCUGCUCCUGCUUCUUGGGAUCAUAUCGGUCCUGGUUCGUUUGCGGACAUGUUGAUGUAUGGUUGUGAUGCGGAUG